AUUACGUUUUUGCAGUGCAGAGUCUCGCACGCUCACAUCAAUCCGUUUCUUCUAUUAAGAUUUCUGCUUUCGUGCCUCAAAAGCUUCUUCCUUUCUACUACGCGACUCGGUUUCCCCAACUCAGUCUCGGACGCUCCGACACGGUUCUUGUAUUGCGAUUCCCACUCGCUCACCACUCACACCAGUCCUAUGUUUGUGUAUUUGAGUUGCUUGUGGUGGAUUUUCCAUGGAAACAGUGGUUGGAGUUGACAAUAAUAGCGAUGAAGGGAAGUUUGAGGAGUGUGGGGUUGAGAAGAGUAGCUCCUGUUUAUCUUCCCCAAAAUAUAUUGCUGAUCCAGUUGUAUACAAGCUCGUUCGGGUUGAUGGUGAUGGGAGAUUCGUGCCUGCAACAGAUGACGAAGUAAUGGAGGUUGAGGAUUUUCUUGUUGAUGACAAGACAGAAAUGAUUGAUGUUGCGGACAUUGGGAAGACUGCAGACUGCACAUCCAACGAAGGGUCCGACUCUGGGAAGCUUCAGUUGGAAGUCUCAGAAGGUUUGUCACAUUCUGAGAACGUAGAAGCUCAUGCAGAAAAAUUAACUUCAGAAUUUGAGAAUAUUGAGGAGGUGUCACAAAAGGUCAAAGAGGAAGAGGGGCUUAGCAUUUCUUGUGGAUCUCCUGAUAAUUCUGAUGCUUGUAUGAAUGUAGACAGCAAAUGUGCUGAUCAGCAUUAUGAAUCGCCUGCUGUCGAGGAGAAGCUCCAAUUUGAAAUUCCUAUGCAGGAAACUGUUCCUUCGUCAACACCGAGAGUAAAUGACCACUGUAACGAUUUGUCUGAGAGCAUUGGGGAGUUCUAUAAACCUCCAUCUGGACAAGCGGAAAGUGGACCAUCAACUUCUGCUGUCUGCAAUAAUUCAAAGCCCGAUUUUUCAAAGUUAGAGGAGGAAAUAUGCUUGGACAACCUAUCAAUUAGAGAGCUUCAUGAAUUCUUCAGGGCAACUUUUGGGCGGGAAACUACUGUCAAAGAUAAGUUGUGGCUUAAGAGGAGGAUUGCAAUGGGAUUGACCAACUCUUGUGAUGUUGCUACCACCACUUUCACAAUUAAAGAUAACAAAUUGGUGAAUAAGGGAAAUGAAGAAAACUGUAAGAAUACUAAUGCUGCAUUCACCGAGGAUUCAAGAGUUGAAGCAGUACUUGUCAGCCCCAAGAAUUCACCAACUAACCACAGUACCCAAAGGGAAGAUCAUAAAAUUGCUUUAGGCGAGAGGUUCCAUGACAAUGCAGAACUUGAUUGUGGAAGUGACGAUCUUCACACAGAAGAGAGAGCUGCCAAACGAGUUCGGAAGCCCACAAGGAGAUACAUUGAAGAACUUUCUGAAGCUGAAACCAGAGAUUGUAGCCCAAAAGUGCAUAAUUCAGUCAAAAAUAUUGGAUGUGGACAGACAUCCCAAAAAUUUUGUCUCAGGCCUAUAAAAAGUGUUUCCUUAAAUGAGAGAAUCAUGUUGACGCGGUUGGACUCUCUCGGUGGGUCUGGGAUUGAGGUUCCUUGUGUUUCUCGGGUCCGAAGAAGCCGUCCAAGGAAAAAUAUAAAGGCCCUUAUGAAAUUCCAUCCGAGUAGUUUGGGCAUGGCAGCUGAAGUCGUGAAGGUCCUUGCAGUGCCUAGUUCUUUAGCGAAUAGUGAGUGUACAGAUAAAGUCUCGAAGUCCAGAUCUGCUUCUGAAACGACUGAGCCGCUGCUCACCUCUGAGGCAGUGAAAGAUAAGCAAAGUUCAGCGACGGGCAAAGUUCAAGUGGGGAAGAAUUUGGGUCUAAAACACACAGAUUCAUCUGAAGACACUUCAGAUGAUAAUACAGCAACUGUUCGUACUGCAAAAGGUGGAAUGAGAAGGAAACAUCAUAGAGCUUGGACUCUUGUUGAGGUUAUGAAACUGGUCGAAGGUGUAUCCAAAUGCGGCGCUGGGAGGUGGUCUGAGAUCAAAAGGCUUUCCUUUGCAUCCUAUUCCUACCGCACUUCAGUUGACCUCAAGGACAAGUGGAGGAACCUGCUGAAAGCUAGCUUGGCACAGACACCUCCUGAUGAGGGCAUGAAUUCUCGGAAACAUGCUUCGGUCCCCAUCCCAGCCCCGAUUUUGUUGCGAGUGAGGGAGCUUGCGGAGAUGCACUCUCAGGUUCCUCCAAAUCUUGGCUCAAACAUGGGAGGUGUUGGUGGGAGAAGUAUGCAUGAGACACGGUCGGGGUACUUGUAACAUUGUUGUACGCAUCGAGUUUAGGAGACGCUUUCUCAAAUAUUUUUCUCAGCCGAUUCUACCAAGUACCUGGCUGUUUAUAACAUUAAAAAUUAAUUUCAAUAUAUAAACUUUAAUUUAUAGUUAAAAGAAUAAACCACAUUUAAAAUCUAUAUAUUAUUAUGAAUAUCAAAGCCUAACAACCCUUUGACCAGCGACCGCUUUCCUCACCCUGGUAUGUGAGCACUCUUUACCCCAUCUCUGGCGACCCCACUGCUCUCCGACCUGGGUCUCUCUCUCUCUCUCUCUCUCUCUCCCUCCCUCCCUCCCUCUCUCUCGGCCGUCUGAAAACUUUUGUGAAAUAAGACCGACAUCAAGUGCAAGUAUAACAACAGGAGACGUCAAAGGCUCAACUGGUUAUGCUCCGGGGCGCCUAAGCGCCAUUUGGUGACGGUGCAGCCUCAGGGGUCGUGGACGGCUGAGCACUGUUGCCACUGAGAAAGAAUAAGCUGAUGGAGUUGAAUUCGCAAACGUUUUCAGAGGGACUGAGUGGUGUGUAUUGAAAUUUGGCGGACAAAUUAUAUUAGUGAGUCAGUGACAUAGUUUGGCAGAUGUCAUUGGUGGCGUAAUUUGAGUU